AGCUGCGUCCUCCUCGCCAGCGGUGACCGGAACAACACCCGAGUCUCCGGAGAAUGAUACUGCGUCUGCGGCGCAGCAGAGACAGCGGACGUCAUGGAAACCAGGGAGACCUGGACCUGACGGAGACGUGAGGCGCAUUUCCCGCCGUCCAUGGGGCUUCCCGGGAAAAUGUCAGCGCUGAAGAAGGUGUUGCCAUGGUUACUGCAGACUCAGUGCUGCCUGCUCUUUGACAAGGACGCAGACCAGAAGCGUUCGCCUUGGUCUUGGUCGCAGAAGUUCAAUGAAGGCAAGCGCCUGCAGCCGGCCAGGAACAUGAAGGGCUUAUCGGGCAGCCGCUCCCAGCACCAGAUACCAUUAGCUCACGGCCUGGACUACGACCCGCACGUCCACGACCUCCACAUGCGCCAUGGCUCGGACUCGCGCCACUCUUCCUACCUGCUCAGCCCCACAGAGAGCUGCCCCAUGGACUUCCACCACCGCUACUCGCCGCGCAGCUCCAUCCACUCGGACUGCAUGAUGGUGACCCCCGUCAUGAUGCCGCCCACCACCACUGACCACAUCUCCAGCAGCACCUUCCCCAGGAUGCACUACAGCUCUCAGUAUUACGACUCGGCCACACGGGACGACUGCGCCGCCAUCACCGUUUCCGCCACCUCGCCAGCAGUUGCCGCCGCCGCCGCCGCCGCAGCGGCCUCCUCUCACCACCCCGGCGCCAAAAGCAACCGCCUUCCCGCCAACCUGUUGGAUCAGUUUGAGAAACAACUGCCGCUACAUCGCGACGGCUUCCACACGCUGCAGUACCAGCGGACCUCCACCACCACCGAACAGCGGAGCGAAAGCCCGGGCCGCAUCCGACAUCUGGUUCAUUCCGUCCAAAAGCUCUUCACCAAGUCCCAUUCCUUAGAGGGCUCGUCCAAAAUGAACGGCACCAAGGGUGACAUGGUGGGAGGUGGAGGAGGGGGGAGCUACCACCACUAUGGCCAACACUCCACCAAACACAGCAGUAAGCGAAGCAAAAGUAAAGAACGGAAGCAUCGCUCGGGGGGUUGGUGGAGUUCGGAUGACAACCUGGAUAGUGACAGCACCUACCGUACGCCUAGCGUCAUGUCUCGACACCACGGCGAACAUGUAAGCCACUGCUACCCUGACCCCAUGCACAGUCACCACUUCGGAGACCUGUCACUUAAGGCCUCCAAGAGUAAUAACGAUGUCAAGUGCUUGGCCUGCGAGAACAUAGCUAUGGCGCCCGAGGGCAAAUUCAUGAAGCGAAGCUCAUGGUCCACACUGACAGUUAGCCAGGCCAAGGAGGCAUAUAGGAAGUCAUCACUUAACCUGGAGAAAACCAUGAUGCACACAGACCAUAAGCCUUCGAGGACAUGUCACUAUCUGCAGGUUCCCCAAGAUGAGUGGGGUGCCUAUCCAGGGGAGAAGGAGGACGAAAUCCCGUGCCGGCGGAUGCGCAGCAGCAGUUACGUAAAGGCGAUGGGAGAGGUGGAUGAUGACAGCGGUGACUCAGACAGCCCGAAGACCUCCCCACAGGCGGUUCGCUCUGACGCACUCAUCCUCAAAUCAGCCAUGAGUCGACCCCAUCUAGACUCACAAAGCCACGGCUACCACUUGCAGACGACGCGAGAUCUGCGGCCUCACCCGAGCGUCACGCUGGAUCCCGCCACGCAGUUUCAUCCGCCGCCCUUCCGCUCGCGCAACCAGAGCUACAUGCGAGCUGUCAGCACCCUCAGCCAGGCUAGCUGCGUCAGCCAGGUGAGUGAGACUGAGAUCAAUGGCCAGUUUGAGUCAGUUUGCGAGUCCGUUUUUAGUGAAGUAGAAUCCCAGGCCAUGGAGGCCUUGGACCUGCCUGGCUCGUUCCGAACUCGGAGCCACAGUUACCUCCGUGCAAUACAGGCUGGUUAUUCCCAAGAUGACGACUGCUUGCCUUCAAUGACAUCCUCCACUGUCACUUCAACUCUCAGAUCCACAACAGGCAUCCGUAGGUUAGCAGGGGGGCGUAGAGAGUACGGUAGGUCUGGGAUUCAGUUUCGGCUCCCGACCUCCUGCAGCGUAGACCGCGUUCACCCGCCGCCAGCGGUAUCAUACCCGUCUAGUCACAAGAAGACCCCACCUCCCGUGCCCCCUCGCGCCACCACCAAGCCUCUUAUCUCUGUGACAGCCCAGAGCAGCACAGAGUCCACCCAAGAUGCCUACCAAGAGGGGAGGCGUCCACGAGGGGGUCUGUGGACCACAGACAGCCUCGGCCGCCCCAUCUACAGCUCCAUGGACAGCCUGGACAGCACCAAGGCCGUCACCAUGGCCAUGGAGUCGGCGGCCAGCAAGAGGCACGCGUCCCUGGGCAGCCACAGCUCCAUUCAGACGUGCGACAAAGCCGUGCUGGUGUCCAAGGCUGAGGAGUACCUCAAAACCCCACGCUCCUCCAUUGGAAUCCAGGUGGAAAACGUGACGGACUCAGAGACGGAACACAAAGGACUUCCCCAGUUUCAUUCCAUUGGCAUCCAAGUGGAGGAUAAAAAACGCCACGGCAGGUUCAAGCGCUCCAACAGCGUGACCACCGCGGUGCAGGCGGACAUGGAGCUGGAGGGAUUUCCCUCCAUGGAGGACAAGGGUCUGCAGUUUGGAGGCGGCUUCGGCCGCCACUCUGAGCCCAGCACGCCGACGCAGUACGGGGCGAUCAGAACUGUUCGCACGCAGGGUUUGUUCAGUUACAGGGAAGACUACCGGCCGUCCAGCCGGCCGUCCAGCCCGCAGCCCGAGCCCUGGCUGGUGGAGCCCAGCCUGGAGAGCACGGAGACGGGACGGGUGUCUCCGCUGCGGAGGGACGGCAGCUGGUUCAUGCAGCUCCUUCACAACGAGACCAAGCGCAUGGAGGGAUGGUGCAAGGAGAUGGAGGGAGAGGCGGAGGAGCACGACCUGUCCGAGGAGAUCUUGGGCAAGAUCCGGAGCGCAGUGGGAAGUGCUCAGCUGCUGAUGUCUCAGAAGUUCCAACAGUUCUACUGGCUGUGUCAGCAGAACAUGGACCCCAGUGCCAUGCCCAGACCCACCUCUCAGGACCUGGCCGGGUUCUGGGACCUCCUGCAGCUGUCUGUAGACGACGUCACUGCCAAGUUCGAUGAGCUGCAGCAGAUCAAGAGCAACCAGUGGCAGCUGCUGGAGGCCCAGGAGGAGAAGGAGCCCAAGUGGCCGCCCCCGCUGGCCAAGCGAGCGGCCCGGGGCCGCGGCGGGGUGAUGCGGGAGCGCUCCCUGGACCUGCAGGACCGCCAGCGCCAGGAGGCGCGCCGGCGCCUCAUGGCUGCCAAGCGGGCGGCGUCCUUCAGACAGAACUCUGCCACGGAGAGAGCGGACAGCAUCGAGAUCUACAUCCCGGAGGCUCAAACCAGGCUCUGAGCCUUCAUCCUCAUCACCCUCAUCAGCGAUUCGUAGCAGGUCUCAACUCUGCGCCAUUCCCCAGCUUUGUUCAGGACCGGACUGCGGCGUUUACACCCACGUGUCUCAGUCAACAUCAGCUGGUCACCGUCGCGUGACUCCACCUCUCUCAUCAUCAGCCGUCGCUGAAGCGUCUGACGCACCUGAAACAGGCCAAUGUCGACGCGUGAAUUCCCCCGCCUCAUUGACACGCCACUCGCGGAUCGAGCGGAGACUCGGUUCAGCUCCCUGGAAGCAACUCGUGGCGUCUUCCAGGCAGCCGCCGCCGAGUCUCCUCCACCCCCUCAGACCCUCCUGCUGCACGGCAGGGCCACUCUGAAGGACUGUCUGCAGCCAGAGGUGAGCGAACCCAACAGCGCGUUUUUGCACCUUAAAAAAAAUAUAUUCCUGUUUGUAUUUCCAAGGGAAAUGUAGUUUAUGAAGCUCAUGUGAUGAUGUUGCAGUUGAAUUGCAAGAGGAGAAGCGGAACAUUUGCUACAGAGUGACAUGUUUCUAGACUCACCCGAAGACAACUGCAGAAACCAAUAUUAGUAAGAGAAAUUAUUUUACAGGCCGUUCGGCGUUUGUUAUUUUGAGCCGCACGACGAGGAAAACACUGGUGCAGAAGACACUUUAAUAUGUAGUCAAUGGUGCUGCUUUCUACACUGUUGUCUUUCAGCCAGUUGUACUCACCUUUUUAAACGCUCAACAUGGUGCCCAUCGUCUCGGUGGCCACUGUAGGAAGGACCAUCUUUGCAAUGCUCUCGCCCGCCCUGCUGGACAUGAGGAGAAAGUUGGAAGGCGGAAUUUGCCAAAACGUCAGACAAGUGUCUCUUUCACACUUCAGAGGAGCGCGAGGUUAGGAGCCAUCCCUCCUGCAGAUAAUCCUAAUAAUAGUGGUGUCAGGGAGCACUACAUCCGAACCUUUAUUUCCAGCCAUGCACGAACGUGGCUUCAUAUUGCGAUGACCUCAUUUCCGGAACUCACUCGAUUUCACUCUCUGCCCUAAAGUCCGACUGAAACCUCCCGUCACUAAACCAAGACUCUAGCGGACUGAAAAUAAGGACACUUUGUAUGAGAGUUCAUGAAUGAGGGUCGCAACACGAGCGAUGAUCUGAGCUGCACAAGCAUCGGAGGUCUACAUGCUGAUCUGGGCUGCAGUGGGACCUCGAAACCAGGGUCUAGCUCCAGAAGCUGUUGGACUCAUAACAAGCAGCGGUGGGCUGAUGAGGCUUCAUGAAACAGCGUCCUCACGUUCGGAGGCCACUCGAGGGCCCUGUCUGCCUAAAAAACUGUCAGUGAAACCUCGCAUCAAUGUUGAACCAACACUGCCCUCUAGUGGGCUCUGAAAACACUGUUUCAUGAAGCCUCACCAGCCCGUCAACCAUUUUCCUUUAAGUUACAAUAUAAAGUGACUCAAUCUUUUUCAAAAUUCAACCCAAAUGUUCCAACAAAAGUGAAACCCCAAAGCAUUUAAUGGGCUCCCUGCAUGUGCAGCAUAGCUAUGAGGGUUUGUCUGACUCAGUCCCAGAACACUAGAAAGAAACUUGGCGUUGGGAACAGACAGUGAUGCUUCGUUGCAUCUGGGAUCUGGAUCCAGGAGUCUUCUGAAGGUCCAGAGAGAGCUGCAGUGUGGGCAAGUCACGACACGCUACUGCCACCUGCUGUCCUGCUCUACGUGCGGUCGAUGAUAUUUCAAAUGCUAAGGGGGCGCUGUUAAACUCCAGACUCUGGAUUUGGUUCCAGGGUUCUCCUCAGCGCGUUAGCAACACAGGGGCCACCUACACUGGGGGUGUGUCUGGGAAAACACCCAACACCCAGUGAAGCAUGACUCACAACAUCAGCUCUCUGCCAGAGCAGCAGGGCUCCGCCUUUUAAGGUAGGCUGUAAAGGUGGACUGUUAAAGAUGAACAGGAAGCUCUGUCCAGAAGCCGGUUGCUAACAUCCACCAAACUAGCACCUCUGAAGGACCCAUAGAUGACCAGACCUUUUUCACUUACAUGCACUUCCACAGUCGAUAAAGGGCCACAAUUCUGCCUCUGAUCCACCAAUGUUGACCUACUUUUUUAUUUUUAACUCAACAUGAACCCAGAAAAGCACUCAGAGGGUGCAGACCUCCACUGAGCCGCUCCCAAUAUUAUUGCCCUCUAUAUAACCAGACAGUGUUUUUAGCAGUUGGUAUAUUGUAGAUAGUAAGGAGCUCAGUCAGACAGCAGGGGGCAGCAGCAUUUCUCCAAAUCACAUGAUGACUUUGGGAGAGUUGUGCUGUGGACCUGCUGUAAUUUUGUUGAGGCAAAAAGAUCAAGCUCCAGUUCUAAUAAGGCGCAGACUCGAGGAUGAUUCUGUGUCCCAACAUGGCUACCGUGGUUAGCCCUAGAUCAUCUCAGAGAACCCUGGUCACUGAGUAAGCCGUCAUCUUUCUCCGAGGCCAUAGGCUUCAGCGUGAACUCGGCAAGCUGCUGCAAACAUUCUGCCGAUCGGUGUUGCGCUCCGUGAUGACGGGACGAGACUGACCAUCACAGGUGCCUUACAGCGUGACGCUCAUGUUACGAACGUUGGUGAAAAGGGUCUAAAGUCACGGUUCAGAAGUGACUGCGAAUAUAAACAAGGGCUGGAAAAAGAGUUGGACUGCAGAGUUUCACUUCGUACAUCCGAGUCACUGACCAACUCCAGCACAAAAUCCCGUCAGAGGAGGGAGGUCCCGAUAGGUGGCGCGAAUUUCAAACAACAAUCGGAUCGUGGCGCUGUGAUACGGCAAAAGCCCGACGAGACUUAGCGGUGCAAUAUUGCGACAGAUUUACCUCACGUUUGUUUCGUGCUGUCGGAGGAGUUGCAGUCACGGUCGUGAACUAUGCAGCUUCUUCCCAAGGGCUGCGACUUCCGAGGCACAUCGGCAAAAAAAAGGCGACGUCCAAAUAGCUCCGAGUUCCACGAGCAAAAAAGGAAGUAGAUCAUCGUUCAUCUGCGAAACCUAGACGACAGAUUAAAGAUCGGGCUGGGCGAUCACGGCCAAAAUGAAAAUCUCCAUUAAUAGAAGCAGAAACCUUUGGCCUGACCAUGGAGCCAUCACUCUGCUUCCCAUGAGAAGGAUGUUUCUCUGAGAGUUAGAUGACAAUUCACUGACUCUCACGCCGUCCUGGACCAGCGGCUUUGCUAGCGUGGCUGCCAUAUUUGUUCUUUCACGGCCUCCCCCAUCUUGCCAGUGGCGACUCUCGCGUUUGAUUGGUUGACGCGGCAUGGCAGAACGUUGUUAUCGAUGUGGUGUCUGACACUGUUGUACUGAGGAUAAUUGUAUCCUGACUCAACUCAAAGACAAAUUCUAAACUAGCAUUAGCCUCUGAGGUCAGGUGAGACAAAACCCAAAUUUGCCUCUCAAAAUGCAGGAAAUACAGGGUUCAAAUUUCGAUAUUUCCUGCCGCCCCCCCAUAUAUAUAUCUAUAUAUUCACCAGAUACAGAAUCUGAAAUCCUAGCUACAAGUCUGUCUUGUUUCCUAACUCAUCCAGACUGAACAGUCAGAGGGGGAACCCAAAGAAAAUGGCCGUUUCAGGCUGGAAACGUGUUUUUUCCCGUUAAUCGCCCAGCCCGAAGUAGGAAGAUUCGGUAGCUACAACCUGACAAUGUUAAAGAAACGAAUCCUGCUCAUGACGAUUUAUCUUGUUGCGUUUGAAUACACACUUUGCUCUUCAGUACUACAGAAAUUGGAUCUUGCAAUUCAACAUAUCCGACCUACAUUAGCUCCAUGGCGUCUCCUAUUGACUGGACAGCACAAAGCUUCGGUUGAAACUCAGUGCAGGUGCUAAAAUCUCCUUCCACCACAUGGGGUCACUCACUCACGGCAAAAUCUCCGUUUCCACCCUGGAUUCUGACUGAAGUAUUUUCUCCUUGUUUGUGACACAGUUGCACUGCAAAGAUGUCUUUCUAGCCUUUGACUCUCUCUUCUCAUAAAGCACAGCCGUCAGCAGCAGCUGUCAUUCUGCAGGAACUCUCCGAGCAAUAAGCUGAUUUCAAACCAUUUCCGUUCCACCACAGCUCGAGUUUUCAUUCACAGAAAGGAGGGAAAUAGAAGAUUUAACGCUUAUUUCGCUUUACUUCACAAAGAUUCUGUCAUGUAUUUUAUGAAGACAUAUAUUUAAUCCAUGUCAGGAAUGUGAAUAUAUAUAUGAGACGAACUAAAGUACUUUUUCUUGCAUUUGUAACUGACAAUUCGAGCAGCAAAAAGUAGUCGACUGUAGUCGCGUAUUGAGUGAGUCGGCACGUGACAAUGUCAUCGCUCUCUGCAGAAAGCUUUGAAAGCACGAGUCCGUUUCAUCAAAGGACACAUCAAAGGACACAAAGCUUUUACACCUCAUUCUGAGCAAUUGAAAUUCAAAUAUAAAAAAUUCAAAGUACAACAACAACAAGUUGUUUAACAAGUGUUUUACAGCUUUUAACAUAUUUGUUUUCUCUCGGAAAAUAUGAUUUACAACCCUACACUCAGACAUGUUGGUGUGUCCGUCGCCGGCGUGCACUUCGUACGCGGACUAGUCAACUCGUCGCUGGUCUACUAGUCUAGUGGAUAGUGAAAAGGUGAAAUAUUGCUGAUGCAGGGAGACGAUGACUUUUCGCAGGCACCUCACUGUGGUGAACGCAUCAUCGUACAGGAUGACAUCCGUCACUGGACAGUCACAGGCCUCCCCUCGCCUCCCCUGUCGCAUCUGAACGUCAAGCAGUGAAGGGCUGAUGAGGCUUCGUGAACCACUGUCCUCACGGUCGGUGCCCACUAGGGGGCCCUGAAAUCGCCCUGAAAUCUGAGGAACUGAACAACUGCGUCAUAGAAACCUCACAUCAAUGCUAAACCUAGACUGCCCUCUAGUGGGCUCUGAAAACAUGGACACUGGUUCAUGAAGCCUCACCAGCGCAUCACUACGUAUCAGUCGGGCUCCAUUAACUCUUCAGCCACCAGAGUUUUUCAGUGAAAUAUGAGAUAAAGGCGUAAUGUAAAUGUGAAAGGACCAAGUCUUUUGACCCCAAACCUGCGAGAGAAACACGGCCACUGGUGUCGCUCAGACUGCAGUGACAGCCACCUGCCUGUGUCACUGUGCCACUUCAGAGGGUCAACCACUCUUUUUUUGCACGACUGAACCCGCUGCUGCUAUCAGUGAAAGACAGAGUCCACUCUCAGCUCCACGUUCAAACUAAUCUUCCAGACGACGGUCACGUCAGCCUUGAGACGCCUCCACUGCUUCCACUAACACACAGCGUUCUAUGAGGAGAGAGAGUCUCAAUAUUGCUUUUCUUUGGUGGAGAAAUGUGUCUCGUGUUCGUAGAAAACAAAAAGCCACUUGUGGGUCUUGGAUUGUGACGAGAGAAACGCUGGUUUUCAGUUAUAGAUUUAAAAAAAAAAACAAAGAAAAAAACAACUAUUUUCACUUCUUAGAGAUAUCAAUAAUGAAGAUAAAUAUAAUGCCAAAUAUACAGUAUUUGUACACAAGUAUACAUAUAUAAAUAUAUAUAUAUAUAUAUAAUAUAUAUUCCUCAUUUUAUUGGAAUUAUUUGAGGCUCAGUUCUUUUGUCCUUCACCUUAUUUUCUGAAGCUCUUCAGCUCGCAUGCAGGAUCGUGGAAAUGAAUGUAUUAUUUAGUGUUUCAUCGCUGUUCAGAUAUGAGCAGCCUUCUAAUGAUCGGUUUGUGUUUGCAAGGAGAAAUUUCAUUUACCCACUUCUUUGGCUUCUUUAUCUAAUAUACACUUUUUUUUUUUUAAGAGACGGAACUGGUUGACCAUGUUUCUGCUUCCUCCGUGUGCUUCGGUAUACUUUGCCUCUUCUGAGUUCUGCUGUCGGACAUCUGUUGUAAAUAAUUAUGCAAAUUAAACUUCUUUUUUGGGAAGAAAACCGAGUUGCUGUGAGACGAUGGUUUAUUUUGUGUUGGCUUUAAUCUGAAUCUGAAGCGAGAGUUUGGAAAUGUCUACAGUGGGUUCGAUGACUGGGACUCAUUUCCACAAACUUUAAAUUACGUGUGGGAAAAAAAAACUUCCGGUUGUAUGUUGAAAUUACUUGUAUUUAUGUGUCAUCUUGUUCGCAUGAGAUAAUUAUUACGUUCGACAAGAAAAAAAACGUAUUGUACGACAUUAUUAUUAUGUUCGUACAAGAACGUAAUAAAAAACAUGUCCAUAAGAGAUUAUUAAUACGUUCGAACAAAAAAAAACACGUUCCGACAAGAAAAAAACGUAUUUGUACAGGAUAAUUAUGUUCUUACAAGAAAAGAAACACGUUCGUAAGAAAUUAUUAUUACAUUCUUAUGA